AUGGCUGCCGAUGGGGGUCAAGAUUUAAUCACACUCACUACUGACAAACUUUCUGCUGACAAAGUGUCUGAAUCGGUUACAUGUCCUUCCUGUGGUGCUACUUCUCUAUUCAUCGGCACUACCCGAGAUAAUUUCGAGGGUAAGAAAGUGAUCCGGCUUGAAUACGAGGCCUACGCUCCAAUGGCAGAGUCUGAACUGAAGAAGAUCUGCAGUCACAUCAGGACAAAGUGGCCCAGUGUCAGACACAUUAACAUACAACACAGACUCGGUCUGGUUCCUGUAACAGAAGCGAGUGUUAUUAUAGGCAUAUCAUCGCCGCACAGAAGUGAUUCCCUGGAAGCGCUUAAAUACUGCAUAGACACACUCAAAGCUACUGUGCCAAUCUGGAAAAAGGAAAUAUACGAGUCCGGGGAGCCUUGCUGGAAGGAGAACAAGGAGUGUUUGUGGGCGGAUGGUGGAAAACAUCCCAAAGAAAGCUGAAAAAGUCCACUAGUAAAUGAGCUACAGUAAAUCUCACGAAGCAUCAAGGAGGUUUUAUUGCAAAAAUACAAAGUUCACCUGGAGAAACACAAAUAAAGAUUCUAAUCAAAACAGUCCAUCUUACAGUUUAAAAUGUAUUUUUUAAGAAUGGACACCUUUUUAAAAGUGCAACAACAUUAUGUAAACAUUAACUAAACGCUUUGGAGCUUGUUAGUAGUUAGACAUGUUUUCCAAAGGUUUUCUAAAGACAUCACACCAUCAGCAGAAGGCAAAACCCUGAAUUCACACAUCAUAAUAACAUACUGGCAACGCUUUAUAUUACUUUUAUCAUUUACAAAUGUUAAAUAAAGCUUAACAUUAUUAUUAACGUGCUCAAAUUGUCUCACUGUACAUUUGUGAAUGAUAUGAGCAUUAUUAACUUAUCAAGUGUUGCCGUUUCAGUAGUCACAAUCUCAUUUUUUUGAGCAGUGUUAAUACAUUUCCCUGAUAUUUCA